AUGGCUACUGCCAGAGAAAGCGCCGAUGGCGUGCACAACGCACCCGAGACUGUCCGUCACUCCGACGAUAAGAAGGACAUCACCCAAGUCGAACGCGUGCUUUCUGCAGGAGACGAGAAGGGCGAACAUGCCGACUACAAUCGUAUCGACGCUGAAGUUGCCAAGUACGCAGGCGCCUCUGAAGUCUUCGUCUCCGAAGAGGAGAACAAGCGGUUGAAGAAGAUGAUCGACCGCCGUGUACUGCCCAUCAUGGUCGUCACGUACUUUUUGCAGUCGCUGGACAAGGGCACCAUGUCAGCUACUUCGAUUAUGGGUAUCCGAAACGAUAUUCCUGUCCUUCUAUCCAAGGAGACUUUUGGAUGGCUCACCACCUGUAUCUACCUCGCUGUGCUUGUCGUCGAAUACCCAACCAACUGGAUUCUCCAACGAGUACCAGUUGCCAAAUAUCUUGGAGCCAACAUCAUCUGCUGGAGUAUCGUACUUUGCUGCCACGCUCUCUGCUUUAGCUUCCCUGCGCUCGUCGCCGUCCGAACACUCCUGGGUAUCUUCGAGGCAGUCUGCCAACCAGCUUUCUUGGUUAUGACUGCUCUCUGGUACAAGCGUGAGGAGCAGGCUGGAAUUGUUACUUAUUGGUACAUGAUGAACGGUGCGCAACAAAUCGUUGGUGGUCUUCUCGCAUAUGCCUUCUCCACAAUCAGACAUCCUAGCUUCAAAGAGAACCCUGGAAACGCGCCGAUUAGGUCAUGGCAAGCCAUCUUCAUCUGUUACGGUUGUGUCUCCUUCCUCUGGGGAAUCUGGGUCAUCUUCAGACUCCCUGAUAGUCCUAUGCGCGCCAAGUGCUGGUCCGAAGAGGACAAGAAGCUCAUGGUUGAGCGCGUCCGCUCUAACCAGACCGGUCUCCAGAACAAGAAGUUCCGUGCUUACCAGUUCAAAGAGGCUCUUCUCGACCCCCAGACCUACUGCUACAUGGGUAUCCAGAUUUUCACCACCCUACCCACUUCUGGACUCGGUGCCUUCUACAACAUCAUCAUCAAGGAUCUCGGUUUUGGUACCCUCGAGGUCCAACUGCUCGCCAUGGUUCUUGGUGUAGUCAUCAUUGCCACGCUUAUGGGCUCUGCCUGGCUGGUCAAGAAGACAAAGCAGAAUCUGUUGACCAUGGCCGUCUUCAUGAUUCCAGCCUUCACCGGUACCAUCGUUAUCAUGACUGUUAAGAACACCAACAAUGCCACCAAGGCUGGUCUGCUCAUCAGUUACUGGAUUGUCUUCACCUUUUGGGCUGCCCAAGGUCUCGGCAUGUCCAUGCUGACGCGUAACGUUGGAGGCCAGACCAAGAAGUCCGUCUGCAUCACCAUGAACUUCUUUGCCUGGUGCGCCGGUAACGCCAUCGGUCCCAAGGUCUUCUUCGAUGGUGACACACGCUACCUCAAGACACUCUCUAUCCAUCUUGGAUGCUACUCUGCUCUGCUCUGUGUCAUUGCCUUCCUGAGAUUCAACCUCAUGCUCCGCAACAAGAAGAAGGACCGUGAGUUUGGAAAGGACAUCAACGCCGCUCAUGGAUUUGAUGACUUGACGGACAGAGAGAACCCCAACUUCCGCUAUGUUUAUUAG